AUGUUCAGAAGAGCAAUUAGGACUUUAUCCAACAUGCCAAAAAUACAGAAGUCUGAACAGGAAUGGCGCGCAAUUCUUGACCCUGAGCAGUUUGCUGUUCUGCGCCAGAAGGGAACAGAGAGACCAUACGUGGGCAAGUACACAGACUUCAAGGGCAAAGGUAUCUACCAUUGUGCAGGUUGCAAUGCGCCACUGUACGAAUCAAGCACCAAAUUCGACAGUCAUUGUGGAUGGCCGGCAUUUUAUCAGGCUCUUCCAGGCGCGCUAAUCACGGAGGAGGACAAUUCCCACGGCAUGAAGAGAAUCGAGAUCAUGUGCGCUUCCUGCGGUGGCCACCUAGGACAUAUAUUCAAAGGAGAAGGUUACAACACUCCCACGGACGAAAGACAUUGUGUUAAUUCCAUUAGUUUGAAGUUCAACCCUAAGGACGAUAAUAAAUAA